AUGGCUCUUGCUAGCGGGGAGGAGAACCCUGUAUCCGAUGCAGGCCGCGCGCAAAGCGCCCAGCGGCAGGCUAAAGGGAAGCAGCUGAAUCCGGCUGCGGUCAAUCAUGAGCAACGCAUUGGACAGCCUCGUGAAGACCGGCGGCACAUGGUUGGAGCAGGCAAGGAGGGGGAGGUUGCCAUCCGUUUGGAGGGUCGUGCGGGCAGGUCACCUGGUGCAUCGACCCCCAAUCAUGUGGUCGGCCAGAACACCACCACUGCGACCUUGUCAGGUCUCCACAACGGCAGCCUGCGGGAAGCGUAA